AUGUCGUCUCCAAGCAACGCCAAAGGUGAACGCGUUAUUGCAACCAAAGCACCACGUCAACAGCCCUCUUCUGUCACCUCCGAGCCGACCAUCUCUCAAUUGCUCCAUACGCGUCCAUGGCUCUCACGCCCUCAGUCUGUGUCAGAACAAGACCUCUUCAUCAUCCAUUGUCGUGAUAACCUUGUCCCCGGUGCCACAGGCCCGAAAGACUGGGAUGAAGUGACUGCCGAGUACAACCAGAAGUUCCGCGAGCAAAUGAAGCCAUUGUCAUGGAAGACACUAAGCAAACGCUGCGGCAUCGCCCGCAAGAUCUUCAUGGGCGAAAACGAAGACUAUGUCCACGUACUCACGUACCCAGUCCCCGACAUUGAUGCAGAAGGAGAAUCUGACGAGGAUGUGGAUAUGGACACACAAAUGGUAGUUCCCUUCCCUCUACCCUCCUCACGCUCGAUGCCCGGAUUCUACGACCCGGAAUCCAUCUCAAAAACCUACAUCACACCCACCACCCGCGCAAAAUUCCACAUCCGAAACCGCACAACUUCGUUCGUGCGCUUCCAUUUCCUGAACUCCAACGAGGAGCGCCUGGUCAAAGACAACCCGCAAUGCGUCGAUAUCAAGAUCAUGAUUGCCAACUCACCUUUCUACGCCCGAAGCCUACACCGCAGCGCAAACUACACGAUCAUCGACGUUCCCGAGAAGUUCACCGCACGCACGGUCAACGCAUUCAUCCAACUCCUCGCUCCCGUACGCGCAACGCAGCUGCCCGAGCACUACCUGUGGAAAGCACAAGCGGCCACAUCGGAUGUGUACGACCGGUUUGGCGUUGUGAAGGCUGAGAAGAUCGAGUGGACGGUUGUGAGACUGCUUGAUCUGCUGUUUUUCGCAGAGAUACUCGAGGUGGGGUGGGUUGUCGAUAUGGUUAUUGAUCGACUUCACUUUCUGUUCGUUGAGCAAAAGCGACUCAGUCAGAUCGAUGGUGCGGUGAGCGAUACUCGUGUCUCUAGUCGAUCGCGCGCGUCUACAGUAGCUAUGUACCCGACCAAGCUCAGCGCAGAGGACUUCGGAGAAGGCAUCGUCACGCAUCUAGCGGAGGUAUCGAAGGACGUGCAGACGCUGAGGUUCAUUGCGAAUCUGAUGCGUGGACUUGGUAGCAACACGGAUGCGACGUGGAUUACCAGGGUAUCCAACAAAGUAAAGCAAGUCUUUACUUAUGCGUCAGAGGAUCAUCUCAUUAACUGCUCGCGCGAAGAGCACUGCAAGAGGUACCAUCAUCACCCUCAUACUGCACGCGGCUGCUACACAUCUCACAUCGUCCAUCCACCAUCUACGUUCAUCAGAGCGCUCUACAACUUCGCCACACCGGAAGAGCUUAUCAGACACUCGAAUGGACUGUUGCCGAGCGGUGCAGGCGGUAUGUCGCACACUGAGUUAAGUAAGCUGAGGGAAGAGAACUCGGUGCCUGAGAUAUUGAAUGCGGAAAAGAAAGUGCUGGAGAUGGAGAGUCGUCUGGAGAAGGCGAAAGCUGCUUUGCGAUGGGCACGGGAUGCGUUGGGGGAUGAGAAGCAGCAUGCUAUGCGAGAGGCAGGCGAAACUGCCGAGGAGAUGUAUAGGCCCAGUCAGCUUUAG